GUCCUCUCUCUCUCCCAACGACGCGCUGCUGGUUCGAAUAAUUUCUGUGGUGGUUGCGACGCCUUCUCUUCUCUAAUUUAAUCAACUGUACUCUAUCGCAAUCCCCUUUCAAGCCACUUGCUUCCGGGUUGCCACGCGCCCCUGGCUACUGUUCGGCAUCGGCUUUGUCGUGUUUCGUUGCAGCUGAACCCCAAAUCACUUCCGCGGUGUACACGGCAGUCUAGACUACAUUGUCACUACUACCUAGACAGGUGUGGGGGACCUCGACCGGCAUGGGCCGUAAACAAUAAUCGUGCCUGCUACUCUACCGGAUCAAACUUUCAGCAUCCGAUCCCUUUGCGCCGACCGACCGGAUCACUCCAUCGCCGAAUCUCAAGUCUUGGGCACCGGCUCCGAUUUGCUGCCGUACCCUCUGUCUUACACCAACGCCGACGCACCUCUGCAAUGACCGCCCCCAACUCCGCCCCUGCCUCGAGCAGGAAAAGGGUCCGAAGACGCAGACAGGACAAGCCCGCCUUGUCGGCCAAAUUGGUCCUCGAUGCCCAUGUCAAGGGCGAUGUUGGUGUCAUUGCUACCGACCUCUUCGCCGACCUCUUCCCUCAUCUCUGGGCUAAUGGCGACAGCCAGGACACCGUUCAUGUUGCAAUCGCUCCUUGGGCACCAAGCCAAACUCCCGAGGCCAACAACUGGUCCAUUGUACCCGUCAUUCGAUCUUCCACUGUUGCACCGUCCACUGUACAGUUCUCGCCCUCAUCGCUAGCCCUCCAGUCUUUCGCGACACACCUCCAGCAGGCUGCGCCCUCAAAGCUCUCCGGCCAUAACAAAGGUGGCAUUGAGAUCCUGAUCUUGGAUGUUUCGCCCAUCGAGCUCGAUACCGUCUUUGUGAACCUUGACGGAGAAUUGGCUAAGAGACUGGAAGAUGGGGAGGGAACCUUCUUCCGCGAACACCCAGUCAACGGCAAGGGCAAGGCUCGUGCCGAUGCUACCCCUGAGGAACACUUGACAGCUGCUUUGCGCACUGCCCUCGGUACCUUGAAGAUUGUGCAUUCUGGCGAUCUCUUCCCAUUGCCACUACCACCUCACCCAGUUACCCACCAACCUCCAUACCCAGGACGGAUAACGCUGUGCGAACCUGUGGCUCAGGGUAUCCUCGCCCCUACUACAAAGAUCAUCGUGUCGAGAGGGCGCACCACCAGCAAGACCAAACGUAGCUCUGCAUCUGGCCAGCAACAGGGGCGCAAACUGAACGGAGUGGCCGAAGACGACGAAGAUGCCUACUUCUCGGCUGCCGAGGAAGACCGCGAUAGCAAGACCGAUGCCCAAACGGCUGAAACAGAUGCAGACGAUACCGAAUUCGAGCCACAGGCUGGAGAAGAUGAGGACAACUUGUCGGAUGAUUCAUUAGACGAAAUAAUAUCCCUUCAAGUUCCUACUCUACCCACUACGGUCACCGGCCAAUCUACAAUAGGAACGGGCACCCCGACGAUGCUCAGGGGCAGGAAGACCAACGGUCCUGGGUCGGUUAUCUCUAGUUAUACUGCCACCACCGCCAGACCAGACCGACCACGUGGCCGGCUCUUCAAGGCGCAAGGAUUAAUGAAACCUAUCCCACCUGAUCUGCUCCACCCUAAACCUACAUCCGAAGACGAUGAAGAAGCGUGCAUCUACGUGGAUAUGAGGGAUCUCACCAGGGUGGGCUGUUUCUCGGGAGACUGGGUACGAGUCGAGGCGGCCUCUGAACCGCCGUCCAACGGGCUCGGCGCGUUUGGUUUGGGAAGCUUCGUGGAACAGGACGCAGAGGAGAUUAACUGGAGACCCGCGAGGGUUUUCGGCCUGCCUGAAGGAUAUUCGAGCCGUUCGGCGACCAGGUCACACCACUCUAGACAUGAUAGCCGGAACUCGUCCUUCUUUGAGGCGCAGUCCCAAAAGUCGAAUCCACCGGCUUAUACUUCGCCUAUUCUUCUCGCAAACUUAGACAACCCUCCCUAUCUUCGUCUAUCACCGAUCAAGCGCCCUUCGAGCUCCAUCAUUAAGGGCGUCGCUGCUCAGUCAAAGACCAGCUCAUCCUUGAAGCCGCCAUUUGCUCGCGAGGUGAUCCUACAACAUGUGAGAACACCCACAGCGGUCGAGAGGGACGUACAGUCUGCGGUCAUGGCUGGCCUGAAACACUAUUUUGAGAGGAGAUUGCGGGUUCUCAAGACUGGAGAUCUCAUUGCUGUGCCCAUUGACACCCAGUUGGGCAAGGCUCUUCAGGAGAGUACAAUCCCUGGCGAGGAUUCUGCCAUCGAUGAGGUCUUGGGUUUGAUUGCUGCAACACGUCCCGGACAGAGCCUACAUUAUGACGAUGUUGCCUGGUUCAGGGUUGGUCACGUCCAGGCCAUGAAGCAAGACAUCACAGAAGCAGUCGAUGGCGAGGAGGCAGAGGACCUAUGGGGCGGAAUCGCCUGUGUAGAUAUCUCGCUCACACAUCUCGAACAAACAGGAUCUGUCACAGGCCGCGUUCCGGGCACGAUAUCCAACAGCUGGCAGUAUUACCUGGGUAUCAGGAAGCUUCCCAAGCACCAGCAAAACCCAGGGCUACCUGCUCAACUGCAAACACUAGAGCCCGAGAAGCAGUAUGUUUCAUCGCUCCGAAGGAAACUUCGCGAGCUCAUGGCUGCCGCCACCAGUAAACCCGCGCUUCAUCUCAACUUGCCACCACUGGCCAUUCUCCUUGUGUCGACGCAAAGGCAUAUCGGCAAGGCAGCCACAGCCAUGCAAGCCUGUUCAGAUAUUGGUCUGCACACAUUUGCCAUAGACGCCUAUGACAUUGUGAAUGACGGCGGUGGUGGAGGUGGUAGCGAUGUCAAGACAGCUGGGUUCUUGACAUCGCGCGCUGAGCGUGCUAUGAGCUGUGGUCCCGAAUCAUGCGUCCUCCUGGUCCGCCACAUUGAAGCUCUUACUGCCGACCGCAUGGUUUCUUCCAUCAAGGAGAUCUUGGCCGACGCUAGGGUUUUGAUCGCCACCACCACCGAGGUUGAGAAGGUCCCCGACGGCAUCCGUGCCCUCUUCACACACGAGUUGGAGAUGAGUGCCCCCGACGAGCAAGAGAGAGAGGGUAUCCUCAGCUCCAUCCUCGCCGACCGUGGCAUCGGUCUUGACCAUGGGGUAGAUCUCAGCGGCAUCGCCCUCAAGACUGCCGCGCUCGUAGCAGGCGAUCUCGUCGACGUUGUUGACCGUGCCUUGGUUGCGCAGCGAUCCCGCCUCGAGAAGCUCACCGCCAAAGCGACCGGCAGCAUCACCUUCCGUGACGUUCAGCUCGCCGGUGGCCCAGCCGCCUCUGGCCUGACCAAGCAGGAUUUUGAAUUAGCCGUCGAUGCCGCCCGCAAGAACUUUGCUGAUUCCAUCGGCGCGCCGAAGAUCCCCAACGUCACAUGGGACGACGUCGGUGGCCUAGGCAACGUCAAAGACGCCAUCACCGAGACCAUCCAGCUUCCGCUUGAGCGCCCCGAGCUGUUCGCCAAGGGCAUGAAGAAGCGCUCUGGUAUCCUGUUUUACGGACCUCCCGGUACCGGCAAGACGCUCCUGGCCAAGGCCAUCGCCACCGAGUACAGCCUCAACUUCUUCAGCGUCAAGGGUCCCGAGCUGUUGAACAUGUACAUUGGUGAGUCCGAAGCCAACGUGCGGAGGGUGUUCCAGCGUGCCCGCGACGCCCGGCCUUGCGUCGUCUUCUUCGACGAGCUGGACUCCGUCGCUCCCAAGAGAGGUAAUCAGGGCGACAGCGGCGGUGUCAUGGAUCGUAUCGUAUCGCAGCUGUUGGCGGAGCUCGACGGCAUGUCGGGCGGCGAAGGCGGAGGCGGCGGUGUGUUCGUCAUCGGUGCGACCAAUAGACCUGAUUUGCUGGAUCCUGCACUGCUGAGACCCGGUCGCUUCGAUAAGAUGUUGUACCUGGGUGUUUCGGACACGCACGACAAGCAGGUGACUAUCAUGGAAGCUUUGACUAGAAAAUUCACUCUCCACCCAACCGUCUCCCUCCGCUCUGUCGCCGAGCGUCUCCCUUUCACCUAUACCGGCGCCGAUUUCUACGCCCUCUGCUCCGACGCCAUGCUCAAGGCCGUUACCCGCCAGGCCACCUUGGUCGACACCAAGAUCCGCGAGCUCAACGCCGCCGCCGGUCCUGAGGGAAAACAGAUCUCGACUGCCUACUUCUUUGAUCAUUAUGCCACCAAAGAGGAUAUCAGCGUCAUGGUAACCGAACAAGACUUUUUGGAUGCCCACAGGGAACUGGUGCCCUCGGUUAGUGCGGGCGAGUUGGAGCAUUAUGAGCAGGUUAGGGCUAUGUUUGAGGGGGCUAAGGAUAAGGACAAGAAGAAGGAGGGUGCUGAUGGUGAUGGCAACGGAGUGGAUGGACCUGAGAGCGGUAAUGGGAAUGGGAUGCUGGCUAUUACAAUGGGUGAUGACGGCGCUGGAGCUGACUCGACGAAGAAGGACGGUAAGGGAAAGGGAAAGGCGGCUGAUAACGAGGUCAAUGGUGCUGGUAAGGGGAAGGGCAAGGAAGGCGUUUCGCCUUUCCAGGAAUCGGGAGGAGAUGAGGAUGAGGGGUUAUAUGAUUAGCAGGUUGGUGAUGUAAUUUUGGAUAGCAUGGGAGGGAAAGCGGUGUUAUAAUGCGGUCGUCAUGCUGCGCCGCAUGUACGUGGUUGAGAGAUGGGAUGGGACUACACUACCUUUUUAGAAAUGUCUAGACAAAAUGAGGGGUUGCCAUCAAAGGAGAGGAAUAGGUAAAUAAUCAAGCAACAUCGACAAUCAUGGAGCACAUGAAGUUGGCGUGGCAACUAGUCAGAUCAGGAGCACGUAAUAGACAAGUAUGAUUUAUUAAUU